UCGGAAGUGAGUAUUUUUCGCGCUGGUUGGCCGCAGAGUUUGAGUUUCCCGCAAGCUUUUGACUCGUCUUGAAUGAAAUUCUUAGCUAUACAGAAUGAAUACGGGAAUUUUCUUCCUUUAACCACAAAAGAGGAUAUUCGAAAGCUCAGUGAGCCUGGAGGGGUUAGAUGGGAUGGACAGCAUAGGUAGCUCCCUGCCUUCAAUGCCUGAACCAGCCAACCCGAUCAGCAUGAAGCAGCCACCAGAGUCCUUAAGUGUGCGGAAAGGCCGGGGGGACAUGGGCAGUGACCCAGCUCUGCUAAUGGACAAAGCUGCUGCACAGCUGGCUGCCACACUACAAGACAGCGUUCUCCAGAAGAUGGCUGGCCACAGUCAUAACCACAGCCACGAGAGGCUCAAAGACCUCACCUCUCUGGUGCUGAAUGGCGACCAAGACACCCUGCCCAAGCUUUGCACUCCAGAGCCGCCUAUGCUUAAAGGUGCUGAAGCCCCUGCUACUAAUGGCAACCACCAGCACAACUACUCGCCUCAUCCGGAACCUGAGCUGAAGGCGAUGAUACCCCAAGUGAUCGAGCAGCCGCUGUUUGAGCCAUGUUGUUAUAAUGGGACCAACCUGGUGAUGGCAACGGAAGGUACUUUAUCUGAGCCAGAUGAGAGGCAAGAUUUGAAGAAAAGGAGGGGGAGACCUCACAAACCUAAACACCAAAUAAGCUGUGAUUCCUCUUCCAUCUCUGUAGAGACACAAGACCACACAAAUGCUGUUGAAGAAACUGGAGCAGCUGAUCAGCCCGCUGUCAUGUUAGAAAUGAUGGAGCAGGUAAAGGAAGAGUCUCCGUUACUGAUCCGUUUCUCAGUCGGGGAUCUGGUUUGGACAAAAGUGUCAGGAUACCCCUGGUGGCCUUGUAUGGUGACCACAGAUCCUGAAUUCAACAUUCACUUCAAACAGAAACAAAAAGCAGCAAGCAGCAGGUUAGGCCUCCUUUACCAUGUGCAGUAUUUUGGAGAUGCUCCAGAGAGAGGCUACAUCUUUGAGAAGAAUAUGGUGUCCUUCACGGGGGAAGAUCAGUACCUGGAGCUUAUCCAGGGGAGCAAACAGCCAGCCUCUCAUAUCCAUAAAAAGUCUGCUCCCUCUGUACCCCGUAAACUUAAGGCCCAGUGGAACAUGGGCAUCAUUCAGGCCAAAGAGGCCCUCGGCAUGCCGCUGGAUAAGCGUAUAGAGAACUUUGGAUUUCUUUACGAUGACAACGGACCUCACCUGAACUUUCGAAUCUUGGAGAAGUUGAAACCAGAACAAAGUAAGACGGUGGAUCAGAUGAUGGAGUCCAGGCUCGGCCCCGAACUCCCCUCACAGCUGAAUCCUACAGGUUCUGCAGCAGACGCACAAGUUGAAGCAGCUGCACCUCGGAAGAAAAAGAGGAGACCCAAAGAGGUUCAGUCUGUGACCAAAAUGGAGAGGAGCCAGAUGAAAUCUGUAACUAACACCCGUGACCCCGCGAAGAAAAGGAAAACAAAACUGGUUUCUUUGACGGAUGACAAACCAGAAGCAGUCUCGCUUCUGGUUUCAGUUCCAGUGAGGAGAAAAGAGCUAAAGAAGAGGUCUAAAAGUCUCCUAACGGAUUCUACAACAGACAAGGAUCAGCAGCCCAAAAAGAGACGUAAAACUGGCAAAAACGCAGACAAACAGGCCUCAGUUUCAGAAGAAACAAACAAGAAGAGGAGAAGAAGAAAGAAAACUGAUGUUAAGGAUGUAAAAGAACCACAAAAACGGGCAAAGAAGUUAAAAGGUCCUCUUCAUGAUGAUCAAGAGAAACCGAAGCAACGGAGGAAAAGGAAACAGGAUGGAGAGACCCCGACCACGGCGUCCAAGGCGAAGAAGAGGCGGGCGUCACCCUGUCCUGAUCCUGAGGGAUCCGGGAGUGAAGAGCGUCCUGAUUCACCAAGUGACAGCUUGGACGGGACAAAGAAGGGUGAACGGAAGAAGGAGUUUGUCUGUCAGAUGUGUGAGCAGGCAGGUGAGGACUUGGUGCCGUGUGAAGGCCAGUGUUGUGGUAUGUUUCACCUCCACUGCCUGGGUCUGUCCCUCAAACCUGACGACAAGCUGCUCUGCCAGCAGUGCAGCACAGGCGUUCAUUCGUGUUUCAUCUGCAAGCAGUCGGAGGGCGAGGUCCGGCGCUGCCACGUCCCACACUGCGGCAAAUUUUACCAUGAGGCCUGCGUCCGCCUCAACCCCCUCACCGUGUUCGACAACAAGGGCUUCCGCUGCCCGCUGCACGCCUGCCUCAGCUGCCACUAUGGCUGUCGCACCAAACACAAGUCAAACAAGGGUCGGUUGAUGCGAUGCCUUCGGUGCCCGGUAGCUUACCACAUCGGUGACCUGUGUGUGGCGGCAGGCAGUGAGAUGAUCACAAACACCGCCAUCAUCUGCACCAACCACUUCAACGCCAAGAAGGGCUACAGCCACCACAGCCAUGUCAACGUCAGCUGGUGUUUCGUCUGCUCCAAAGGAGGACAGCUGCUGUGUUGUGAGUCUUGUCCAGCAGCUUUCCACCCCGACUGCCUGAACAUCGCCAUGCCUGAUGGAAGCUGGUUCUGUAACGACUGCCGAGCUGGAAAGAAACCCAAGUACAGAGACAUCAUAUGGGUCAAACUGGGAACAUACAGGUGGUGGCCAGCUGAGAUCCACCACCCCAGAAACAUUCCCACCAAUAUCCAGCACCUUCGGCAUGAGAUUGGAGAAUUCCCAGUCUUCUUCUUUGGCUCAAAGGAUUACUUCUGGACUCACCAGGGCAGAGUGUUUCCAUACAUGGAAGGUGAUAGGGGCAGCAAACAUCAGAGGAACGGCAUCGGGAAAGUCUUUAAGAAUGCUCUGUUGGAGGCUGAGGCUCGAUUUAAGGAGAUGAAGAUUAAACGAGAAGCCAAGGAAGCACAAGAGAACAGCCGCAAACCACCUCCUUACAAAUUUAUCAAGAUCAACAGACCCUUUGGAAAGGUUCAGGUUUACACCGCGGACAUCUCUGAGAUCCCCAAGUGCAACUGCAAGCCAACAGAUGAGCGGCCAUGCGGCUUCGAGUCCGAGUGCCUGAACCGGAUGCUGCAGUACGAGUGUCACCCUCAGGUCUGUCCCAGCGGGGAGCGCUGCUGCAACCAAGACUUCACCAAGCGGCUCUACCCUGAAACCAAGAUCAUCAAAACACCCGGCAAAGGCUGGGGUCUGAUCUCCCUGAGAGACAUCAAGAAGGGCGAGUUUGUCAACGAGUACAUUGGAGAGCUGAUCGAUGAGGAGGAGUGCAGGGCGAGAAUCAAGUACGCCCACGAAAACAACAUCUCCAACUUCUACAUGCUCACCAUUGACAAGGACCGGAUUAUCGAUGCAGGUCCGAAAGGAAACUACUCUCGCUUCAUGAACCACAGCUGUCAGCCCAACUGUGAGACGCAGAAGUGGACGGUGAACGGUGACACACGUGUUGGCUUGUUCGCCGUCUGCGACAUACCUGCAGGAACCGAGCUGACCUUUAACUACAACCUGGACUGCCUCGGUAAUGAGAAAACCAUUUGUCGCUGUGGCGCUCCCAACUGCAGCGGUUUUCUAGGAGAUCGACCCAAAGUGAGCAUCAGCACUAACUCAAACGGACAAACAGCAGAGCCAAAAGGAAAGAGGUUAAAGAGGAAGUACAAGAAACGGAAAAGCGAAGGGAAGAAGAAGUCUGAGGAUGAGUGUUUCCGCUGCGGAGACGGAGGACAGCUGGUACUCUGCGACAAAAAGACCUGCACCAAAGCUUAUCACCUGUCCUGCCUCAACCUCACCAAGAGACCAUUCGGCCGCUGGGACUGCCCCUGGCAUCACUGUGACGUCUGUGGGAAAAACUCUGAUGCCUUCUGCCAGCUCUGCCCCAACUCCUUCUGCAAGGCUCACCAGGAGGGGGCGCUGCGCCCGUGGCCCCCCACGGGACAGCUGUGCUGCAUGGAGCACGACGAGCAGGACGUCAGCUCGGAGACUAACGGGAGCACCGCCAAAGCAGUCGAUAUCGCCGGCCGUCCCAAAGGCUCCAGGAAGACGGCAGGAGCCGACGCCAAAUCGAGGGGCUCCAAGAGGAAAGCAGCAGAAGCCUGAAGUGACCUUUCGAAAGCCAAAUGAAACAAACCCAGACUCGUUCCUCCCAGUAAACAACGUAACCGAGGCACUGUUCAUCUUCUUCAUCAGGGAAAAGCUGCUGAUCUCACGCUCAGCAUCGACCUCUAGGUUCUCAUUUUUAUCAGUCAACAUUUUCAGGUUUUUGUUUGUAACUAGUCUUCACUGAGGCCAAACACCCAGCAGAGCGAGCACAGGUCUGGACACUUUUCUGGCUUCGUUCCACCAACCUAACUGCUUCUCUCUAUUUUUUUUUCUGAUUACUUGAUGCUCAGCUCAACCAGAGACCAGUUGGUUGAUCCGGUCAGAGGUAACACUGAGCAGCAGCGUCGCAUCUCUCAACUUGAAUGUCAUUCAGUUCUCCUUCAUCAGCAGAGUUUUAUAGUUAAAUCUAUAUCUAUAAAUAUGUGUGUGUGUGUGUGUGUGUGUGUUUAUCAAAAACCAAAACACCUGGGAAAGUUUAGGACACCGAACAGGCUGCCAAAUGUUUUUGUUUUUUAAUGAUACAGUAUAUAAGUGUAUAUGCCAGAUGAGGAGACACUAUGAGCAGGUUCCGUGCUUGUUAUCGUAGCUAUAGAUCACAUUUAAACUGUAGACGUGUUUACUUUACAACCUUUUGUUUAGCUCAGUUCCCCCCCCCCCCCCCCCCCCUUUUUUUUUUUUUUUAAGCAAAAAUGCUGAAUAACGAUGCUGUAAAUCCUUCGAGCUGAGGUCUUAAUACUAAAACACUACUGGUUACACAUUAAACCUGCUCUGGUUUGGAUGAUGGGGGGGUGGGAUCCAUCUUUUUGUCAAAGCUCAAUUCUGAGCUCUGAGGUGCUUUUUGACAUCCCACUUCAGUGGGUGGAAUGUGAGGCUUGAAAGUGUACUGAUCAGGAUAUAUAUAUAUAUAUAAAAUAAAAAUAUCUAAAAAAUUUUUAUUGAUGUUCUGAGACCUCAGUGUUUUUCAUCCUCAGGAGGUUUCAGGCUCAAACAUGCACUCUGAUUUUAACACUGGCGAACGCCUUGCACCUAAACUUAGAUGAUCGACUCGUGUUUUAACUAAUCAAGCAGCUCCAGAGUGACGGGAGCAACUUUGGCUUUACUUUCCAUAUGCGUGUGAAAUUCAUCCACCCACUUCCUGUAAGGAUUUUAUGACUGCAUGUGUUUGCAGAAAUCCAGCUAAAUCAUCCGUUUGGGAGCUUCUUAUUUUUCUAAACACUGGUCACAUCAAGGUUGGAGAAAAGUUUGGAAAUAUGGGAGCAGAAACUGCUGAGUCGGUUAAAUCUGAAGCUUUAAGAAGGAAAAGUUAACGAAUGUGUCGGAUGUUGAGGUAGAAAUGGCUUUGUUGAAGAAGGGACUUCAUUAAGGUUUCCACUUGUAUCAUACUUUUUUUUUUUUUUUUUUUUUGCUUAAGACCCAAAAUCAUCUCUGAAAUUUAAGUUAGAAAGUUGUUGAUCUGCAGGUUCCUCUAAUAAUAUUUGUUAAAACCUGGUCCUGAAUCAGUUCUCGUCUUUGAGGUCUGGAAAUAAAUGGCAGCGUUUCACUACAUGAAAGCAGAAAAAUUGAGGAUUUAAAGAAAGAAGAAAAUAAUUGGACGCGAGCGGAGCUGUUGGCGACACUAAACUGAGCCGAUGAGCUUUUAAACCACUGUGAUGAAAACGUGCACAUUAGUGGAGGUGUUGCUUUUUUUGCGUGUGUGCUGCACUGCACCAAAAGGUCAUGUGAUCGGUCCCUCUCCGUAUUUUGGGCAUCACUAAUUUAGUUACAUGUUUGGUAUUGGUUAGGAGCUGCUUUCUUUGGGGCAUUUAACAGUUAAUCCUCCAGGUUUUAUCAUACCGUGUCUUUUUCUCCCCCCAUCUUUUUAAAUAACUGCACCUUCCCCCACCCCCCCUUUCUGUGGCGUGUUCAUUUGAGCAAAUCAUGUCAUACGAUUAUUUUUUUUAUGUUUCUAUGUAACUUUCUUCAUCCUAACGUCGUGUCGAGUGAAUGUAGUCCAGCCAGUUAUGUUUUUUAUAUAUAUAUUUUUUUUUUGUAAGCACUGUAAUUCCCCGUAGAGCUGAAGUCUCGUACGCGUAGGUGUUUAAUUCUGUAACUACUGUCAUAGCAAACCAGAGACUAAUGUGUACAUAAUGUAUAAGUGGUAAUAGUGAUCCAUCUAUUGUAAAUAUACAGUUCUUGACAUGUUUUUUUUUUUCUUUUUGCAGAAACACUUUGUGCAGGAUCUCACAUCUGCUGAAUCGUGCAAUAAAGUGCUUAAACAUCAUCUGUUGACUAAAAUGAUUUUUUUGUUAAUAAAAAUGUCAAGAUUAUACUUUUUCUUGGUAUCUUGUUUGUUUUUUUUAUCUUUGAGCUGAAAAUUUUAAUUAAAUUCAGUUUGUUUUUA